AUGGCCUCAACAACAACGGGUAAAAGAAAGGGAUCGGCCUCUGAACAAGGCGGCGGCGAUGGCGGUUCUCAGUCUGGCAAAGCAACGCGGAGCUCAAUCCCAGACCUUCCUGAGGACAUAUUGUUUCGUAUACACUCCUUGAUGCCAAUGCGUGAGGCUGCGCGUGUUGCUUGCGUAUCUCGCACCUUUUUCCAUUCUUGGAGAUGCCAUUCCAGUCUCAUCUUCAAUAAGGACACAAUUGGCUUGAAGAGAAGUGCGUGUGGAGAGAAUUUUGACCACAAGAUUGACCGCAUUCUCAGGAACCACUCUGGCUGCUUGAAAACAUUCAACAUUGACUACUAUGGCACGAGCGGGUUCACUGGCACUAGUUAUUUUGACCGUUGGCUUCAGAUUGCUCUUAAACCAGGGAUCGAAGAACUCACCCUUGUGCUGUCUGAAACAAAGGGAAAAUACAACUUCCCAUGCUCGCUUUUAUCUGACGGGGUUCGGAACUCACUUCGGUACCUUAGACUCCGAUUUUGCGCCCUCCAUCCCCCAGUUGAACUUGGCCCCUUGAGAAGCCUGAAAAGCCUGUAUCUGUGGCGUGUGAAUAUUACAUGGAAUGAGUUAGAGUGCCUUAUUUCCAACUCUCUUACUUUGGAGCUACUGGAUCUUAUUAGUUGCCCUGAGAUUGAAUGCCUGAAGCUACCUUGUGCUCUGCAGCGGCUCAGCGCGCUUAGUGUUUUAGCAUGCGAGAGACUGAAAGUGAUAGAGAGCAAAGCUCCAAAUCUCUCCAGUUUAUACCUUUGCGGAAACUGGUUAGACUUCUCACUUGUGGAAACGUUGCCGAUAAAGGAACUAGAAUUGCAACAAACAAACCUUAUCCGUGAUGCUCGUGCCAAGCUGCCAUCCCUUAUGCCAAAUAUUGAAACUCUCGCCAUACAAUCAUCGAGAGAGGUGGUUGAUGCACCAAUGCUGCCUACCAAAUUCCUCCACCUUAAGCACCUGACCAUCACUGUGAGAUCAGGAGCAAUUGUUUCCCGAGCAUAUGACUACUUUUCUCUGGUUUCUUUCCUCGACGCUUCUCCUUCCUUGGAGACUUUGAUAUUAGAUGUGACUCAGCGGCGUAUGGUGCAUGAAUCAAUUUUUGCGGAUUCACAACUGAGGCACAUGCCCGAACACCGCCAUGGCCACCUCAAGAACGUCAAGAUUAGCGGUUUCAACUCUGCGAAGUGCGUGGUUGAACUAACAUGUUAUAUUCUCAAGAACGCGGUGUCACUUGAGUGUCUUACAUUGGACACCAUAUAUGGGAGUAGGUGUGAUGAUCAAGGCGAGGACAACUGGUGUACUCCCAUGACGAAUGGCAUUCUCAUGGAAAUUCCUUGGGCACUCUUGGCUAUCAAAACACACAUUGAGAAUAAAGUUCCACCUACAGUUCACUUAACUGUUCUGGAGCCUUGCAGCAAAUGCCAUGCUAAUGGACUAGAGCGGGUAUUAUCGCAGUCGUGA